UUUUUGUUGUACUGUUCUGUCGCGUAUGUUUUCUCUUGGAAAAUUCAAGGAAGGGGAGACAACGCGUGCAGAAAGUUUUCCACUAGAGUUUUUAUUUCUACCGUAGGGCUAAGUUUGCCGUGUAUUCUGGCAAUACGUUUACCAUUCAAUAGGUCUUCCACGCACUAUUAUUUCUACCCCUCUGUUCUUCAGAUUUCUGCAGAUCUCGCCAUUCUGAUCAAAUCCCCAGACCAGUUGUGUUCAUUAGUCUUGCUUGUUUCAUUUUGUUCCAAUGGAAUCAGCUACGCAGCUUUGCAAUGCUUUUGAGGGAAUUGCAUCUUCAUCUACAUCUGCAUCAAACAAGGUCCGCUACGAAGUAUUCAUUAAUCAUCGGGGCGUUGAUACCAAGCAUACUCUGGCCACUUCUAUUUACAAUGCCCUCAAUGGCAUUGGACUUAAAGUUUUUCUGGAUGAAAAAGAGCUUGAACUGGGCGAUUUCAUAACAGCUGAAAUAGAAGAGGCCAUGCGCACCUCUCUAAUUCAUAUUGCCAUAUUUUCACCUAGAUAUGCGGAAUCUCCCUGGUGUUUGGCAGAACUGUCAUAUAUGCUCAAAACCGGCACCACAAUCAUUCCAGUGUUCUACGAUGUUGAGCCCAGUGAUCUCCGCUACCUGAAGAAAGGACCAUUUGGCGCUGCAUUUGCGGAGUAUGAAAAGAAGAAUAGAUAUACGACAAAACUUGAGGAGUGGAAAGAGGCGCUAUCCAACAUUUCACUCCGUCAUGGCCAAGUUCUGAAGGGGAAAUCUGAUGAUGAAGGAAAGUUGUGUGAUGAAGGAAAGUUGUUGAAGAGCAUUGUAAAUUGUGUGAUGAAACACAUAAAAAUAGAGGUGCAAUUGGAGGUAGCCAAAUAUCCAAUGGGUCUUGAUGAGGCAGUAGGUGCUUUUGAAAGUACAUUUGAUUCUUCUCAAAAAAUACAAAUUGUGGGGAUUGUUGGUAUGGGGGGCUCUGGGAAAACGACACUUGCAAGAGAAAUAUACAAUAGGAAAAGUUCCUUAAUAGAUAAAUCUAGUUUUCUUUUUGAAGUCCGAGAUGCAGAAAAUAAAAAUGAAUUGUGUACAAGGCAGAAGAAACUGAUGCAAGACAUUAGUGGUGUUACAUCUCAAUUUGAUAAUGUAGAAGAAGGGAAGAUAAUCCUUAAAAGGCAUUUGAGAUUUCUUCAGGUUUUUUUAGUUUUGGAUGAUGUGGAUAGUUUACAUCAAUUAGAUGCUCUAUUGCCAGGAAUUGACAGCUUGGGACAAGGUAGUUUAAUUAUUGUUACAAGUUGUGAACUGGGCAUUCUUAAAUCAUGGGGAAUCUCAUCCAUUUACCAAAUAAAAGGAUUAAAUCCUAGACAUGCUAAAGAGCUUUUAUGUUGGCACAGUUUCCUACAAUCUUCUCCUCCAGUUGAAUUUGAAGAUCUUGUUAAGAAAUUUGUACAUCAUUGCAAUGGAUUGCCCUUAUCCCUUAGAGUAUUUGGAGGACUGCUUUAUAAAAAGCCUAAAGAGUAUUGGAAUUCUCAAUUGAAAAAAAUAUCAAGAAUAUUACCCCAUGACAUUAAAGAAACGCUUAAAAUAAGCUUCAAUGCACUAGAUAAGGAGGAACAAGAAAUAUUUUUAGACAUAGCUUGUUUUUUCCGAGGAGAAGAAAAAAAUCUGGCCAUUGAGGUGUGGGAUGGGUCGGGAUGGUGUGGAGUUCAUAGUUGGGAAGUGCUUGAGAAUAAAUGUUUGGUUGAGGGGGACGAGUGCAAUAAAAUCAAAAUGCACGAUCAGCUUAGAGAUCUUGGAAGAGAAAUUGCAAAGGAAUGGUCACCCCACCGUAUUUGGUCAACGGAGCAAAUCAAAGACAUUCAGAAACAGGCCAUGGAAAGAGUGAUAUUGAUUCGGGGGAUUAGUGCGGCAACCUAUGAUUUCUAUCGAGUGUGCUCACCCCAUCAUGGUACACCUUUUGAAGAGUGUAUGGAGAUUGUGAGAGACUGUUUUACAAAGUGUAAGAGCCUUACACCUUCUAUCCUUGUUGUGAAGUCUCAUUAUUUUACAGAAAAAUGUGCAACACUAUUUCCAGCCCUCCUCUGGCUGCGAUGGAGCAAUAUGCCGGAGACAGCUCUUCCGUCGUGGCUAAUGCUGAAGAAUUUAAGAGUUUUAGAGCUGCCACAUUAUGGACACUUUAAAGAAUUGUGGAACGACACAGAUCCUCCUUUGGAAUUAAGAGAGCUGAAUAUUGAAAAUGCCUUAAGUUUCCUCAAAUUUCCGGGGUCAAUAGGAUGUCUUAAACAUUUGAAAAAGAUAUCCGUGGCCGAACCAAUGAGAGAUAUUCUUAUGGACAGUCUUCCAGAAGGGUUUUGUCUACUUGAGUCGUUGGAGCACCUCCAGCUAAGUGGAUUUGAUGAGCUAACGUCAUUGCCUCGCGAGUUUGGUCUUUUGACAAACCUGCGACAUCUAGAUUUGAGCGAUUGCAGGAAAUUGAGGAUGUUGCCUGAUUCUUUUAAGCAGCUCAUAAAUCUGCAGUAUAUCAAUUUGCGUGUUUGCAAGGAGCUCACCUUAACGUCAGAGAACAAUUACAUUUUGGAAAAUAUGACAAAGUUGGAGACUCUAAAUUUUUCAGGAUGUAAGAAAGUUGAGAACCUACCUCGGGAUAUCACAAAGCAGUUGUCGUUGAGAUAUCUGUAUGCGGGAGGCACCGGGUUAAGGGAAUUGCCAAGUAACAUUGGCGAACUGAGCAAAUUGGAAGUGCUGGAAAUAGGGAGUUAUCAAUUAAAAACUUUAUCUGAGUCUAUGGGAAAGAGUGAUAUUGAUUCGGGGGAUUAG